UUGCGAAACAUCUCGACUCUCAAAAAAAAGGGAUUAUCUUAGCUUUGUCACCAGCUGAUCCUCUUUUUAUAAUGAAAAAACAACCACCAAUUCAUCAAAUAAUUUCGUUUCUCUAUCAGUUAUGGUAUAUUUAUUUUAUUUUCGUAGGAGAAAAUAAAAAUUAUAUUCCCGUUUUAUUCAAAUAAUUAGUUCAUUUUCCUUUGGCUUUAGUCCUCAGAAAAGUAGGUGCAAGAAGCUGGUGUCUCACUCACUCUCACCCUCUUCAGCCUCUUAUACUUUGCUUAUUUUCACACACCUUGAUUUCCAAGUAGCACAGAAAUCUGUGACAAAUUGAUCAGAUUUUCAGGUAGAUUCUUUCUGAGCCUCAUGGGAUUAAAUUUUAGAUAUAAGUUCUUCUUUUCCACAGUUGUAUAGCGCAUCAGUGUAUUUGUAUAUUUCUGAGUUGGUAUUUCUGGCAUUGUUACUUUUAUUUUGUAAGAUCUGCAGCAACACUUUGGCUCAAAAUGCAUGAAUGAUCAUCGCAAGUCAAAUUACGUCGUGGAAAUUACUUGGCUCCUUACAUAAAAUCAUGAAGCUUCAGGUCUCCUUUUGCACGCUUAUCUUCCUUUUCCUUAUUCCGCCCUUCCCUUCCUCGGUUUUUUCUGACCUGAACUCCGACAGACAAGCCCUCCUCAACUUUGCUGCCACCGUUGUCCACAUCAAAAAACUCAACUGGAAUGCUUCCACACCAGUUUGCACGUCUUGGGUUGGAAUCACUUGCAGUCUAAACAAAACGAGUGUGACUGCCAUCCAUCUUCCGGCGAUUGGACUUUUCGGUUCCAUCCCUUCCAACAGUAUAGGGAAGCUUCAUGCCCUUCAAGUCCUCAGCCUCCGCUCCAACUUCCUCUAUGGAAGUCUGCCUUCUGAUAUCCUAUCCAUUCCUUCCUUGGAGUACCUUUACCUCCAACACAAUAAUUUCUCCGGCGUGCUUCCUGCCUCUUUGCCUCCUAACCUCGUUGUCUUGGACUUCUCCUUCAACUCCUUUUCCGGAAGCAUUCCAACCAAAAUCCAGAAUCUUACACGCCUCACUACGUUGUACCUCCAAAACAAUUUCAUCUCUGGAGCCAUCCCCAAUCUGAAUCUCCCCGCACUUAAGCUUUUGAAUUUGAGCUACAAUAACUUGAAUGGCUCGGUUCCAUAUUCCCUCGAAAAAUAUUCGAACUCUUCAUUUGUUGGGAAUCCUCAGUUAUGUGGAGAACCUCUCAACAAUUGUUCUAAAACCACCUCCUCUACCCCAUCUGCAUACUCUGCUUUCUUGCCACCCUCGCCAACCAUUCUGAAAAAUCACCAUGCUACACUCAUAAAAAAACUCAGCCCGGGAUCCAUUAUUGCAAUGGCAUUUGGGUGCUCUGCAGUGUUUAUUCUUCUAGUCCUGGUGGUUGGCAUAUGCUGCUGGAAACGGACUAACAAAGUAGGUGGCGGGAUGUUGAAAGGGAAGGCUGCGGGUGAUGGAAAGGGUGAGAUGCCUAAGGAUUUCGGGAGUGGAGUGCAAGAAGCUGAGAAGAACAAGCUGUUCUUCUUUGAAGGUUGCUACUACAAUUUUGAUCUUGAGGAUCUACUGAGAGCGUCAGCUGAAGUUCUCGGCAAAGGAAGUUUCGGAACAACUUACAAAGCUGUGUUGGAUGAGGAAACAACGGUUGUGGUGAAGCGGUUGAGGGAAGUUGUGGUGGGGAAGAGGGAGUUUGAGCAGCAUAUGGAGCUGGUGGAGAAGGUAGGGAAGCACCCGAAUGUCCUGCCUCCUCACGCUUAUUAUUUUUCCAAAGAUGAGAAGCUUUUGGUGUACAACUACAUUCCAACAGGAAGCUUGUUUGCACACUUGCAUGGAAGCAGUGAUGCUGGGAGGUCUCCACUAGACUGGGAUUCAAGAGUAAAGAUUUCGCUCGGAAUUGCCAAGGGACUUGCCCACAUUCAUUCUGAGGGUGCAAAAUCUAGCCAUGGCAAUAUAAAGUCCACAAACGUCCUCCUCACCCAAGAACUCGAGGCUUGCAUCUCGGACGUAGGGUUGAGUCCUCUAAUGAACUUCCCUCCAGCCAUGUCCCGGGCCAUGGGAUAUCGUGCUCCAGAGGCAAUUGACAUGCGGAAAAUCACUCACAAAUCUGAUGUCUAUAGCUUUGGUGUGCUCCUCUUAGAAAUGCUGACAGGCAAAAUAACGCUUCAAUAUCCGAGUUAUGAUUGCGUGGUUGACCUCCCGCGUUGGGUUAAGUCUGUUGUGCGUGAGGAGUGGACAGCUGAGGUUUUUGAUUUGGAACUUCUAAAACAGCAACACAGUGAAGAAGAGAUGGUGCAGAUGCUGCAGAUUGCUCUGGCAUGCGUAACAAAAUUGCCCGAAACACGCCCCAACAUGGAGGAAGUAGUCAGAAUGAUAGAGGAACUCCGGCAAUCCGACACGAAAACUAGGCAAUCCUCCGAGUCGGAAUUUAAUGUGCAAACCCCAUGAAAAAAACUCUAGUACUCAUUUUUUUUUUUUUUUUUUUUUUUU